AAUAUUAUAAAACAUCAUAUCAAUAUAAUAUGGAUGCAAUAUUAUUCAACAACACAGGAAUGGUCACCUUGAAAAGACCAUCUCCAACUACUUAUUGUACCACUUUAUUCAGUCGAGGUCAGCCAUCAGUUGUUGUAUCAAAACUGUGCAUCUCUACUGCUGGCGGCAUGAAAUUAGCUGAACCAAAUUCCAAUACUAUCCGACGUUCAGGGAAUUACAAACCUACUAUGUGGGAUUAUCAAUAUAUUCAGUCCAUUAACAAUCAUUACGUGGGAGAUAAGUAUAUGGAGCGGUUUGACGAAGCGAAGAAGGAAAUGAAGAAGAAUUUGUUGAUGAUGGUUGAGGAAUCAAUAGAAGAAUUAGAUGCUAAGUUGGAGUUGAUUGAUGAUUUAGAAAGGCUUGGAGUGAGUUACCACUUCAACGAUGAAAUUAUGCAAAUAUUGAGGAGCGUACAUGACCAAAAUGCAGCCACAGGAGAUUCAUUAUACUCUACAGCCUUGAAGUUAAGGCUCUUUAGACAAAAUGAUUUUCAUAUCUCUCAAGAUAUAUUGAAGAAUUUCAAGGACGAGCAUGGCAAUCUCAAGCAGAGUAUUUGUAACGACACAAAAGGGUUGUUAAAAUUGUAUGAAGCUUCAUUUGUCUUUACAGAAAAUGAAACCUCUUUGAGAAAUGCCACACUGACACAUCUAAAGAGUUAUGUUGAUCAUAAUCAGUAUUGUGGUACUGAAGAGAACAAUAUAAUGAUGGAAUUAGUCGUCCAUGCCUUGGAACUUCCAAGACAUUGGAUGAUGCCAAGAUUAGAGACGAGGUGUUAUAUUAGCAUUUACGAGAGAAUGACAAAUGCUAAUCCUCUUUUACUCGAGCUUGCUAAAUUGGACUUCAACAUUGUUCAAUCAACACACCAACAAGAUUUGAGAAUUUUAUCAAGGUGGUGGAAGAACACAGGGCUUGCAGAAAAGCUUCCAUUUUCAAGGGAUAUACUGGUUGAGAAUUUUAUUUGGUCAGUGGGAGCAUUGUUUGAGCCUCAACACAGCUACUUCCGGAGAAUGAUAACAAAGGUCAUUGUUUUUAUAUCAAUCAUAGAUGACAUCUAUGAUGUUUAUGGCACUCUUGAUGAAUUGGAACUCUUCACUCAUGCUAUUCAAAGAUGGGAUAUAAAAGGAAUGGAGCAACUUCCGGACUAUAUGAAAGUAUGUUAUCUUGAACUCAUCAAUAUUAUCAAUGAAGUGGCGAAUGAGGUUCUCCAAAAACAUGACAUCAACGUUCUACCCUACCUUAUAAAAUCAUGGACAGAUUUGUGCGAAUCAUACUUACAAGAAGCAAGAUGGUACCACAAUGGAUACAAGCCAAGUCUGGAAAAAUACAUGGAAAAUGCAAGGAUCUCAAUAGCAGUACCAAUGGUCUUAGUCCACUCAUUGUUCCUUGUCACAAAUGAAAUUACCAAAGAGGCCUUGGAUUCCUUAAUCAAUUAUCCUGACAUUAUUCGAUGGUCUGCUACUAUUUUUCGUUUCAACGAUGAUUUGGGGACAUCCUCGGAUGAAUUGAAAAGAGGUGAUGUUUCCAAAUCAAUUCAGUGUUACAUGAACGAAAAGGGUGCUUCCGAAGAAGAGGCAAGAGAACACAUUACGUUAUUGAUAGAGGAUACAUGGGAAGCAAUGAACAGAACUCAGCGGAAAAACUGUCCAUUUUGUGAAACAUUUAUUGGAAUUGCAAAGACUAUUACAAGAACAUCACACUUCAUGUAUCUACAUACCGAUGUCAAAAGUAGCAUCUCCAAAAUACUUUUUGAGCCUAUCAUAAUUCCUAAUGCUGCAUUGCAUCUCAACUAAUUUCAUCCCCACAGAAUUUCGUCUUAAUUAGUACUUUGAUUUUGCAUGUAUUCCAUAGACUCCGAUUCACAAUUUAAAAGAUUGCGUAUGAUUUAGUCAAAAAUGCAUGGAUUCUCUUGUAAACCCGUAUAUUGUACAUUUAUGAAGAAGUGCUAUUUUCUGAAGAAUUCAUUGGA